AUGCCUGCACACCUGAUGAAGUGUAUCUUGAUUAAAUUGUACUGCAAAAACAAAAGAAUAGAUGAUGCAAAGCAACUUUUUAAAGAUAUAACACCUUCCAUUGUUACUUAUACUUCUAUGAUACAUGGCUUAUGCCAAGCAGGAAGGCUUUUGGAUGGGCGUGAUCUUUUUAACGACAUGCCUUGUAUUGGCCCUUCUCCCAAUAUAGCAACUUAUGGAAGUUUGAUACAUGGCUUUUGCAAACACGGGGAUUUCGAUGCCGGAUUGGCUCUAUUUCAUGAAAUGGAAAACAGUAUGUUCAAACCUAAUUGUGAAAUCUACAGCAGUUUAAUUGAUGGUUUGUGUAAAGCUGGAAAGUUUAAAGAUUUGUUCAAUAGAUUUCUCAUUCAAGGAUUGCAGCCUGAUGCUCAAACAUAUAAUAUACUAAUCAAUGGAAUAUGCAGAGAAGGAUUAUUAGAUGAAGCCUACCAGGUCUUCAGAAAAAUGAUCGAGGAUGGUUGCUUUCCAGAUAGUUGCACAUAUAAUGUGAUUAUCCAAGGAUUUCUCAAGCACAACGAUCUGCUGGGGGCAAAACAACUUAUUGAAGAAAUGCGCGAUAAGGGAUUUUGUGCAGAUGCCACCACAUUAUCCUUGGUAGCAGAUGUAUUGUCCACUGAUGAUGGCACUAUGAGAAAGCUACUUGAUCUUAAGGAUAAAGGCUCAGUUGAGUUGCCUCUAAUUGUUAAGCUCAUCGUAUUUCUUGUUAUCCCUGCAUAUCAAAUACUUUCAGAAGAAAUUGAGACCGAACCGGAGGAAGCAGCUUUGAUAUCGAUGGGAACUGAACGUGGGAGUACAGUUCAAAUUCUUGGGGAGGAAAAGGCUGUUCUCAUAUCUGGUUUGAGUGCUCAAAUGUUGACUCCAUUGAGCUUGGGCUUAUCUCCUAGUCUGUCUAGGUAG